AUGCAGUUUACAUCCCUUCUUACCGCCCUGCUGUUGGCUGCUCCAGCAAUCGUCAUCGCUGCACCUGUGGCCAACAACAACGCUGUCAGUGCCGUCACUGACGUCUUCACUCGCGACAAUCCUACCUGCAACCCUGUGUUCUCCACGGAUGCCAAGGUCAAGGCACAACAGCAAAAGUCGUUGCAAUUGAUGAAGGACCUCACCAAGGAGUACCAUGCCGCUGAGAAGAAAUGCCCCAGUAACGCAAUUACCACUUUCACCAAGAAGGGAGGCGACAAGAAUGCCAAAGAAGCACUCAAGAAGAAGUGCAUUGAAGGAUACACCGAGUGCGCACAGAAGCGUCAGGAGGCCAACAAGGCUUGUGUUGCUGCUGGCGGAAAGAGCGAUGAAGGUCACAAGCAAGCUGUCCAAUUCUGCAAGACCAAGGCUGCUGAGUGGCGUGCAAGGAAGGUUCCCAACUAA